AUGUACCCUACAGAUAAUUUAAAACAUGGACUUAAAAUUAACCCGUUUAUAAAAGAAAAUAUGUUGAAAACGAUACAAAAUCUGUGUUACAACAAUUCGAACGCGAAUAAUUUUAACAUGACCUCCCCAUUCUUGGUGGAUAACAUUUUGCAUCAGCAGAAGUCGGUCAACUUCCACAACCAAUAUUUAAACCAGCAGUUAGAAAACUACGUUUUACAGCGUAACUUCGAAAGAUCUAGAGAGAAUUCUCCUGAAGUAGACGAAACGAAAAUGGCUGAAAACGACGAAGAGAUACGCAACGACGAAGCGACGGAUAAGAAUGAGGAUGACGACUCCAAAAGCAAUGAAGAUGAAAGCUUUAUUAAGAACGAAGCUGUAUACUACAAUCAUGAGUAUUACAGAAAUGAGGAUCGUGAAAAAGAGGUUUUAAACAUACCAUCUUUAAGACAUCGCUGUCACUGUGGCUCCUACGACUGCCCACCGUACGCUUGCAAAAAGUCCGGAAUACGUCGCUUAGAAGAAUUAGAGAAACGCUUCAAUCUACACAAUUACCAAGAUAAUUCUGGUGAUGAAGACGUGAGAGAUAAAACGGAGGACAUGGUUAAAAACUGUGAUGAUUAUAACGAGCCGAAAAAGCCAUUGUUGAAAUUUAGUGUCAGUGCCAUACUGGGUGAGGAGAGAGAUACAGCUAAGAGCAGUGUUAAUGAUUACCGACAGCCAAUGAUCAACCCGUGGCCGAUAGCAAAGCCAAUCGCGAGUAGACCGAUUCCAGUCCAGCAUCAGCAUUUGCAGCAUUUACUGGCGCACUGUCAUCACCCGUAUUUAGUAAGGCCUUCACAAGCUCAUACCCAGGUGUUCCCUCUCCCAGGUGGAUUCCCAUGGGCUCACAGUUCCAGAGGUAAACCACGACGUGGUAUGAUGCGGCGAGCCGUAUUCUCGGAUCUUCAAAGAAAAGGCUUAGAAAAGAGGUUUCAAGUGCAAAAAUAUAUUUCCAAACCGGACAGGAAGAAGCUGGCUGAAAAGUUGGGCUUGAAGGAUAGUCAGGUAAAAAUCUGGUUUCAAAACCGCCGCAUGAAAUGGCGCAACUCGAAAGAGCGGGAACUACUCGCUUCCGGCGGCUCCCGGGAACAGACACUACCAAACAAAAACAACCCACACCCAGACCUAUCUGACGCUGAAGCUGACAAACCCAAACUAUCACCUUCGCCCGUCGAAGACGACGAAUUAAAAAACAAAAUCUACGCGUCAACUUCGAACUGUCAAAGUGACAGUUACAGAUAUGACGACAAGAUGGCGGCGGGGCUGUUCGCGCGCGAGAACUAUCAGAACAUGGAAGAUGGCGAUGAUUAUGAGACAGAUGCUAGUGCGACAGAUGAAGAAAUAAACGUGACAUGA